GAGCGCGCUCGAACCAAUCGGGCCCGGCCUUAGGGGGGGAGCGAUAGGGUCUCGAUAUAUAAAACUCAGGGUGGCUAAAGCCCUGCAUUCGUGGUGUCUACGUCGACUACGAAAAUGUUCCAGGUGUUGUUAUCAGUAUUAUUGGUCGCUUUUCAAGUGGCCAAUUGUCGAAGACUGACGGAUGAUAUGGAUAACGAGAUUUCGGUGGCGUCGGGAUCUAUGGCUUAUCGGGACCAAGACGAGUGGAUCAAGAUAAGCGCUCCACCGAAACCGGUUAUCAGCAAGACGGUGGGCGCGUAUGUCGAACUGGAGUGCGAGGCGAUGGGCUCGCCGCCCCCCACCUUGCAGUGGCUGAGGGGAAAAACACCACUGACCGAGCACCAAAGUUUCGAAAGCAACAUGAUUUCGGAAACUCCCUCUCAAGGCCUCGGCAAAAUCAAGGCUCGCCUGGUCAUCAACUACCUCCUGCCCGUCCAUAGUGGUCGUUUCACUUGCGUGGCCGAAAGCGGCUCCAAGAUAGCCACUGCAGACACCACCAUCUAUGUCAUCAAAAAAGAAGGUUUUGAGCGCAAUUUCACUCAAUUGCUUACGACGAAAAUCCUGGGGGCGCACCACGUCCCCCGGAUAUCCCUAUGGGCCCCCACUUACAUGGACGUGAUUGGGACAAACGUGAUUUUGCCUUGUCGUACUUUUGGUAAUCCGAAACCGAGCCAAAUGUGGAUUGACCCCCAAGGGCAGAUAAUCGGCGAGAAUGACCUUCGUGUGACUGCCCUUCCGGACGGCUCGUUGAGCAUCCGGUCGCUCAGUUGGGCCGAUAUGGGGGUAUACACAUGUGUGGCGCGUAAUAUGGUGGGGCAGGACUCCGUCGAGACGUUCCUCUACCCCAUGAAGGAGUCCCAAUAACGAAACAAAGGGGGCGCAACGAACGCACUUUACGUCAAUCUAGUCAAUGUUCAAUUUGAAAAUACUCCUAGGAUAGUGUGGCCGUUAUUUAUGGAAAUUCCGUCUAGUAUUUAUGAGUUAGGUAUUUAUAUGUGUAAUAAUUGCAAGACCUCUGUACUUAUUUAUAUUAUUGUAAGGUUUGUAAGUAAAUAAAGAAAAUAUCAAGCAUUAAA